GGCCUUCUUAAAACUUGAUACUUCUGAAAAUGAAACUAAGCACAGAGAAAAACAAAACAAAACAAAAAAAGGUUAAGAGAGACAACCUAGGGCAAUUUGCUGGACCUCCUCUUAUGUAAAGGUUAUAUGUAGCUGUUUUUGGUGUUUUAUCUUGCAUCAAUUGUGAUUAAUACACGUAUCUACGAGAAUUUUAGUGUAUCGAAUUGUUUGCUUAUACACCACAAAAUGGCCUUAAAGCUUACUGAAAAAGGGUCCCAUGAAGCUGAAAACCCAAUUGAAGUGUCUUUAAGAGAAGCUUUUGAGUUUCUGAAACCCCAACUAAACCCACCAUUUUCUUUGAAAGUGUUAAAAGAGGAGGAGUAUUCAAACUUGAAUAAAGCUAUAAUCUUUGGCAUUUUAGCACAACCCCAUUUGGCUGAAGUUCAUAUUAAGCAUCUACAUGCAAUUAUUACUGAUGGAUAUGGUUUCUUUACGCGUAUGCUUAUCAAGAUUGUCGAUGAAUUGUAUGUGAAAUUGCUCGACUCUGUGAAAAUUCAGGUUGUUUGGGUUGCUAAAGAGAUGUUGAAUGUAUUGGGUGUUGGGUUUGAUGAAUUGUUGGUGGCUCUUUUAAGGCAAACUGUAGGUGGGGAUUUUAGUGAGGGAAAUUUGUGGUUGUGUUUGGAGAUGGUUACGUUGGUUUUAGCGAAUUGGGAUUGUUUAUUAGAGGAAGAACCGUUGGUUUUGAGCAAGGGGUUGUAUGUGUUUCUUCGGUUAUUGACUGAUCAUUGUAGAGUGCGAAGCAAUCCGAUGAUUGAUGCAUUGAAGAGGAUGGAGGUUGAAUUCUGUGUACGACUUUUGAGGGAACAGUGUCCUUUGUGUUUGAAGAUAGGGAGGGACAUAAUUAGGCUUUUGCAAGACUUGGUUCAUGUACCUGAGUUUAAAGCCAUAUGGAAAGACUUGUUAUUGAAUCCAAGACAGUUUGGAGUGGCUGGAUUUAAAGAUAUUUCGCAAAUUUACCGCACAAAAACUCCAAGUUCGUACUUUUUGCUUCGAAUAACUCCUGAUAUGGAAACCAAAUUGAGGUUUUUGCUUACACAUGUCAAGUUUGGUAGUCAAAAGAGGCAUCAGGAUUGGUUUGCUAAGAAGUUCCUUGGAGUACCUGAGAGUGAAAUCCUUUUAAUCGACAUUGUUAGGUUUAUAUGCUGUUCAGUUCAUCCAUCCAGUGAAAUAAUGCAACCGGACAUUUUACCCAGAUGGGCUGUAAUUGGUUGGCUGCUGAAGUCGUGCAGGAAGAGUUACAUCGAAGCAAACUUGAAGCUUGCAUUGUUUUAUGAUUGGCUUUUCUUUGAUGAAACCACCGAUAAUGUAAUGAGCAUUGAACCUGCAAUUCUCUUGAUGGUGAACUCUAUACCCAAUCAUAUCGAAGUGACAUGUACUCUUCUUGAUUUCCUACUAAUUAUGGUUCAUAACUAUGAUAUUGAGAGGAAGGAGAUAGUCUCCAAAGGGGUGUCAACAGCUCUUUCUGCACUAGUUAAAAGAGGAAUUGUCAGUUCACUUGAUGUUUUGAUUCGGUGUGACAUGAUAGCACCAGUCCUUAGGGAAAUGUUUGGAAAAUUGGUAAUGGUCAUGCGAGAUACCCAUUCCAAAAGAUAAGGAUCAUCCAAUAUCAUCCAUGACAUGUCACCACCAGCUUGCCAUUUGCUCUCAUCAAGCGCGGGAUCCCAACUUCCUAAUAGGGUAAACUGAAAUUUAAUUGUGUUAUCACAGUCCAGGGAAGAUGUGUUGAUGCAUCUCUUUUACCUCCCAAAGAAUUACUUGUGAUUUUUUGCUCCAAUAUGCUGUAAAGUUCCAAUCAAGUGGAUUCAAGUCUCAAGGAGAAGUUUGAAAUCAAGGUGAUAGGAGAAACAUCUCUUUCGCCUUCUGAUGAACUUAAAAAAAAAUAAUUAGAAAAAAGGCUAAAGCUGCUCUCAAGUGUGUGAAAUCUUCAAAGAGAAGUUCAAAAUCAAGGUGACUGGAAGUUUCUUGGCAAAAGGUAUCUCAACCGUCAACGUAUUACACUCGUGGAACGUUUACUGUUACUGGAACGUCAUUCAAGGGCGAAAUUACACUUGUGGAUCGCUCUAGGAUAUUCACUGAGUCCCAUCUGCAUAGUGCAUAUAACAAGCUGCUAUAUUACUACUUAGGUAAAACUGUUAGAAGACUUUUUUGCGAAUUCUUGCUCCGGUCUACCUCAGUCAGACACUCACGCUGCGAAUUGUUUCAAUUUUCACAUCUGCGAAUUGCGAUCUGUCUGUAGUCUGCCUCACUCACGCUCAUCGGGUCAAAGACCGCCUCAGCCUCUCUCAGUCUCUCUCAACAGUCAAGUGGUCAACACUCAACAGAUACUUGACACUGGAUAAAGCAGACAGAUUGGUCGAUCUUGGUUUUGAAGAUGAUACUAGGGAAGUGUUUUAUCAUUUCAAAGCUCAAAGACAAAGUCUUCUUUUUUCUACUACAAUGUCCACGAAGAUCCAUAAUUUUGCAUGAAGUGCAUUAGUUAAACCUGUAACUGUGAAUGUGGGGAUGGCUGGAGCAGCCAACCUUGAUGUGAUUCAAGAAGUGGAGUAUGUAAAGCAGGAAGCCAAAAUUGUUUACCUUCUCGAGUGGUUGCAAAAGACUCCACUACCGGUUCUGGUUUUCUGUGAGAACAAGGCUUGAUGUGGAUGAUAUCCAUAAAAUAUCUUCUCUUUAGAGGAGUUGAAGCUGUGGCUAUUCAUGGAGGCAAGGAUCAAGGGAAGAGAGAGUACGCAGUUGCAUCAUUCAAAUCAGACAAGAAAGAUGUUCUAGUAGCCACUGAUGUUGCCUCUAAGGGGUUGGAUUUUCCUGAGAUUCAGCAUGUAAUCAAGUAUGACAUUGACAUGCCUGCCGAGAUUGAAAAUUACGUGCAUCGGAUUGGACGGACAGGAACAUGUCGAAAAAUCGGAAUGGCCAGAACGUUUAUCAACAACAAUCAGAGCGAAACAACUCUUCUUGAUCUAAAACAUUUGUUACAAGAAGCCAAACAAAGGAUCCCUCGUGUCCUUGCGGAGCUGAAUGACCCAAUGGAUGACGUCAGAGGCAAUCACAAAUGCAAACGGAAUAAAGGGUUGUACAUAUUGUGGUGUGCUUCGUCAUCGUAUCCGUGACUGCCCCAAGCUUUAGUUACCUUGCCAAAUGUGUGUCUUCUUCUCGUUGUAGCUUGAUGAUGAUAGUUACGACUAAAUAGGUCUCUCAAUGUAAAAUGUAAUAUUCAUGGUUAAUCUGAAAAUUUGUUUCUUGAAGAGUCUUAGAUGUAUCUUAACAAUGGAUAGAUGUGAACCUCCAUUUUAUGUUUAUCAAUAUUUUUCACUUUGGAUCA